GGGAAAAGAACAGAGGAGGGCAAAGUCAGUUGGUGACAGUUGGAUAACCAUCAAUGGAGGAAAGGGCUGACCAAGAGCAGGAGAAAGAAAGAAGGACAAGAGGAAAAGAAGAGGAGAAGAGGAAAAGAAGAGGAGGAGCAACUUAAUUUGUAGAUUGGGAAAGGAAGGAAGCGAAAUGUUCAUCUUCUGGAUUGGGUUUUGGGGUCUUCUCCAACUCCCAGAAGCCCACCUGGUUCCUCCCGUCUUUUCAAACUGGUCAGUAACAAAGGAAGAAUCGUUUCUGCCCUCAUUAAAGAAGGCACUGUUCGGAAAAGACGAAUAUCUAAGAGAAGAUGAUUUCAACCUGACAAGACAGAACGCUACAUUUUUUCCUCCUGUGGAGCUGAAUAUUUCGCGUCGUAUUUGCUGCGGAUGUGAACAUAUAAUAGAAUUUCUGGGCUGGGUGCUACAAGACCAUAUUACAGUUGCCCGUUUCGCCGUCUCCGUUUUUACAGCUGGACUUUUUGUGAACCUGAUCAUUUUCUUCUUUCUCCUUUUCCACUUGCAGAGGAAGUCCUGGACUGUCUACAUCUGGAAUUUAGCUGUGGCUGAUUUGGCUGUCUUUCUAUUUUUAUGCGUUAUCCGUUUAUUUACUUCCAUUAAUAACAUUUAUGGGGAUGCAAGUGAAGCUUUUGAUAAAUUAUUUCUACCUCUGGCAUAUCUGUUCUUAGCUUUACAGGGCGUCAGCGUGCAUUUCCUUGUGGCCGUCGCUAGUGAUUGGUACCUGUUUCUCAUUUUAAGCAGGAACAGACACUCACUACUGGAUUACCUGCGUCCUCUCUUUUCUGUUCUUGAUGCUGUCAUUCUCUGGGCCCUCUCAUGCCACUUAAUGCUAUUUUUCAAUUUGGGGAGUGACACACAACCCAUCGGCUUCGUAUCACUGAUGGUUUUUGCUCCGCUCAUAGUAAUCUGUACUCAAACCCUGAUCCUGCAGAUUUGGUGUAAAUUACGCGGGGAAGGAAAUCUGCAUACAGAAAUUGUUCUCGGAGCAUUCUUCUGCCUUGCCACAUGGGCACCCCUACAUCUGUUUUCCACCAUGAGCUAUGAUUGCGCCACCCUCUCCUUGCUGGCUUUUCAGCUCACCAUUCUGAGUAGCGCCAUCAACCCUAUACUUUACAUUUUCAUCGGGCGAGGACUUCUGCAUCAUCCGGAAAAUGUCAGGUUGCCCCAUGUGGUUUAAAGGGAGCCAAAGGUCCCCUAAAGGCUGGAGCCGGGCAGUGAAGGAAGAAAUAUAGAGAUGCUUGUCGAAGAAACGUUAUGUGCCUGUCUUUUUUUUUUGGCUUUGCAAGACGUUUGUGACAUUUUAAGCAUUGAAUGUGCGCCCAGCUGAAUAAAGUCCGUGUCUUAAGAAUC